UCCUUCCCCUCCCUUCACUGCCGAAAUCCGGCAGUAUUGCCGGAGUUAGACACUUAUCCGGCGAACUCGACGUCACACAUAAACCUCUUCCGCCACCAACAACAACCUCCGCCGCCGUUACCGAAAUAGUCUCAGUUCUUAAAACUACCGAUCAUAAUGACUGGAAUUCCAAUUCAAAGCUUGUUGAGUUUCUUCAUACCCCUCCUUCUCCGACUUCCCUUCUCAAAAUCACCCGUCAAUUGGGGUCCACUGAAAAAGGUUUACACUUUCUUGAAUUCUUCAAGACGAAUUCUUCGGGUUUGUCAGCAAACCCUUCUUCUCUUUCCUUUACAUUUCAAGCUAUUCUUGAACAGGCAAUGCGUGAUGAACAAGAAGCUGAUGUACCUAGUAAGCUUUUUGAACUUUUUUGUUUUGCUAAAGAGGGGAAAAUCCCUUUAUCGAUUAAUGCUGCGACACUUCUUAUACGAUACUUUGGGCGAGCUAAAAUGCUCGAGGAAUCUGUAUCGGUGUAUAAAGAGCUAGACCCAGAUUCAAGAAACACGAAUGUGGUUAAUUUGUUGUUAGAUUGUUUGCUUCGUGGCGGGAAUAUUGAUCGUGGGUUCAAGGUGCUCGACAAAAUGCUUAAAAGGGAUAGCGGUGUUCCGCCGAAUAAGAGUACGAUGGAUAUCGUCUUGUCUGCUCUGUGGAAGAGAAUUUGGGUUGAGAGGAGGAUGAGUGUGGAGGAAAUUUGUGAACUUCUUGUGAGAUUCUUUGAGCAUGGUGUGUUUUUGGAUGAUGUAUGGUUUACUAAAUUGAUUACCAAGUUUUGUCGAAGUAGGAAGUGUGAUAAGGCCUGGGACCUUUUACAUGAUAUGCUGAGGUUGGGUGGUGGGGUGGAAGCUUCUUCAUACAAUGCCCUUUUGAGUGGGUUAGGCCGGGAGCGUGAUUUUCAAAGGAUGAAUUUGCUUAUGAAUGAGAUGAAGGAAAAGGAAGUUAAACCAAAUGUCGUGACAUUUGGGAUUCUCAUCAAUCAUUUAUGCAAAUGUUACAGGGUCGAUGAGGCAUUGCAGGUGUUUGAGAAGAUGGGAGGGAGUGAACCUGAUGGGGUUCUUGUUAAGCCGGAUCGUGUUCUCUAUAAUACAUUGAUUGAUGGGCUUUGCAAGGUAGGGAAGCAAGAAGAAGGGUUUAAGUUGAUGGAGAAGAUGAGGAUGGAGAAUGGAUAUGAACCCAAUACUGUUACCUAUAAUUGCUUGAUAGAUGGUUUCUGCAAAGCGGGCGAGAUUGAGACAUCAUUAGAGCUUUUUGACCAGAUGAAAAAGAACGGGGUUGUGCCAAAUGUGAUUACUCUGAACAUUUUGCUCAAUGGAAUGUGUAAGCUCGGGAGAGUUAGCAGCGGUAUGGGACUUUUUGCUGAGAUGCAAGAGAAGGGUUUAAAGGGGAAUGCAGUCACCUACACUAUCCUCAUUACCUCUUUUUGUAGUGUCAACAAUAUUGACAGAGCAAUGACUUUGUUCAAUGAAAUGACAGAAAAUGGGUGUUCCCCUGAUGCCAAAUUAUACUGCAGUUUGAUUUUGGGCCUUUGCCAGGCUCGAAGAAUGGAUGACGCCUCCUGUAUCGCUUCAAAGGCGAAAGAGGCUGGAUUUGGCUUGGAUGUUAUCUGCUACAAUGCUCUGAUUGGGGGACUUUGUAGGAAAAAUAAGAUUGAUGAAGUUCAUCAAACGCUUAAAGAUAUGGAGGAGUCAGGUAUUAAACCUGACCAUUACACCUACAACACUUUGAUAUCAUAUUUCAGCGAGAAGGGGCAAUUUACAGCUGUCCGUAGAGUUAUGAAGAGGAUGAAAGAUGAUGGUUAUUUGCCUAAUGUUGUUACAUAUGGAGCAUUGAUCCGUGCAUAUUGCGUAGCUGGAAAUCUUGAUGAAGCUAUGAAAAUAUUCCAGAAUAUGAGUUCUGCUACUAAUGUGCCACCAAACGCAGUAGUAUACAAUAUUUUGAUCGACACUCUCUGCAAGAGUGACAAAGUAGAAGAUGCUAUUUCUUUGUUGGACGAGAUGAAGGACAAAGGGGUAAGACCAAAUACCAAAACAUACAAUGCCCUCUUUAAAGGUCUUCGGGAGAGGAAUUGGGUGGAAAAGGCAUUUGAAAUAAUGGACCAAAUGACUGAAAAUGCUUGUAAUCCUGACUACAUUACCAUGGAAAUCCUAACUCAAUGGCUUCCUACCAUUGGUGAAACAGAAAAGUUGCGAAGCUUUGUGGAAGGAUAUGAGGUUUCUACUUCAACUGCCUAAUACCAACUGGUACUGAAGAUACUUUCCUAGUUCUGCCGUGAUGUUCAAUGGGCAUGUGAGGUUCAUUUGCAGCCAGUUGAGUCCCAUUCAGAUAGCUUUCUCAACCUUUUGGCAAAGAUCUAGUGGAAUGUGUGAGGUUCCAUUUGGUUUUCAAGCUGUGUGCUGUCAUUUGACAUAUACCUGCUUUGAUGCAUAAGUGGUUGGGUAGGUACAAUCAUGUACUAUGAAGAUAUUUCCAUCCGCUGCCCUUUAGAUGAACUGAUUAUCAUUUUGGAUACCACAAAUUGAUUCUACAAGUUUGGUGGCCGUGCUGAAGUUUUGUAUUUUCAAAUUUCAUCCAAGUUGUAGCUGGUGCAAUUGCUGCCUGAAGAACUUUAUGUUUUUAGAUAAUGAUUUUUUAUUGAUAUCUAAUUCAAGAUAGAAGUUGAAAUAAAGUUUAUAUAUGCUUAUAUUGUGCCAACUCUGUACUGGGCUCAACAAUUUGGCUUUUGACACAUCUUUAUGCUAUUAGUUUUUCCUAUACUGAUAUUUGGUUA